CGAAUCAAAACAUUAGAUAACCUCGUGGUUUAGUUGUUUAUUUUUGAAUGAUUGUUAACUUAAUAUAAUUUAUAAUUUAAAUCCAUUAAUUUUCAUUGUGAAAAAUGUCUAUUAAAUCAACCGAUGAUGUUGAUUUAGUAAAAAAACUUGCUACUCUUGAUAUCAAUGUUGACCAGAAGCGUAUUCAGUCAAAAAGUUAUCAUAAAUUAAGUAAAGAACAAUAUGAAGUUAUGCAAAAAAUUUCAAAAGCUCAUAUUGACUCUUUUGAUUUUAUGAUUGACCAUGGUUUAAUUUACGGUUUAAAAUAUUUACGUCCGACUGAAGUUGAACUUCCUAAUGGUCAAGUGCUCAGAAUAAAAGUGACGAGAUUUGAAAUUGGAAAUCCUCUAAUUAAUAAGGAAGCUAUUGCUAAAACACGAGCACUUUAUCCUGCCGAAUGUCGGAUGAGAGGAACCAGCUAUAAAGCUCCAUUAUCACUCUCAUUUUCCGUGACUUUAAAUGAUAAACCUAUUGAUGAUAUCACUGAUAUUGUUGGUGAAAUACCAAUCAUGUUAAAGUCAAAAAAAUGUAAUUUGUCUGGACUAUCACCUAAAGAAAUGGUUCAACGGUACGAGGACUCUGAAGAUUUUGGUGGAUAUUUCGUCGUGAAUGGAAAUGAAAAGCUUGUACGAUUUUUGAUUGCCCAAAGACGAAAUUACCCUUUAGCUAUUAAACGAUCAGGAUGGAAAGAUAGUGGACAACUUUUUACAGAAUAUGGUAUCCAUAUAAGAUGUGUCAGAUCAGACCAAAUAGGAUCGAGUAUGGUGCUUCAUUACCUGAAUAAUGGAACAGCUCGAUUGAGAUUUUUCUAUCAGAAACAACUCAUUUUUCUACCAAUUGUUAUGGUUUUAAAAGCUUUGUGCGAUGUUACUGACCAAUAUAUUUAUGAAGAAAUGAUCAAAGGUAGAACCGAAGAUACUUAUUAUCGUAGCUGUAUUGUGAAUAUGUUAAGGCUUGUUCAGAAGGAGAAUCUGCUUAAUCAACAACAUGUUAAACAAUAUAUUGGAGAAAGGUUUCGUGUUAAAGUCAACUUACCUCAUUGGUAUUCAGAUGAAGAAGUGACAGAUUUUGUUUUAAGAGAAUGUAUUGCUAUCCAUUUGGUAGACAAUGUUGAUAAGUUUAACCUGUUAAUUUAUAUGACAAGAAAACUGUACAAAUUUGUUAAAGGUGAAUGUGCUCAAGAAAAUCCUGAUAAUCCUAUGUUCCAUGAACUUUUUCUCAGUGGACAUAUUUAUUUUACUCUUUUGCUCGAAAGAGUUGAUAACUUUCUCGAUUCUGUUGGUAAAGCAAUCAAAAAAAAUAUUGAAAUCGCAACAGUGUCUAAUCGUGAAUUUAAAGCAACUGGAGUCAAUAUUCGCCGUGUUUUAGCUUCAUUUUACAGUUCAAUCACAAGACCAUUGGAAUAUCUUUUAACUACCGGUAAUUUAAUUUCACGUACAGGAAUCGGCUUAAUGCAAAGUAAUGGUCUAGCGGUUGUUGCUGAAAAGAUCAAUUAUUGGAGAUUUCUUGCUCAUUUUCGUUCUGUGCAUAGAGGUUCAGCUUUCACUGAAACACGAACCACUGAAGCUCGUAAAUUAUAUCCUGAAGCUUGGGGAUUCAUGUGCCCGGUUCACACUCCUGAUGGUACACCUUGUGGUCUUCUUAAUCAUUUAUCUGAUCUAUGUUUCAUUUCCAACUAUCAACCUCCUCUCGAUAGUUUUAUUGUAACUUUAGUUAAACUUGGUCUCAAAUUGCGUGACGGACCACCUAAUCUAGAUUAUUCGCAACAUUAUUCAGUUCUUAUGGAUGGUAAAGAGAUUGGUUAUGUCAAUGAGGCCAAAGCAAAAUCUUUUGUUCAGAAAAUACGCGUUUUAAAAACAUCUGAGGAUCAAAGCACCCCUUCUGUGAUUGAAAUAGGUUUUAUACCUAAGACUGGGGCUGCAACACAAUAUCCAGGAAUAUUUAUUUUUACUAAUCCGGCUCGAAUGUUACGACCCGUCAUCAACUUAGAGACCCAAGCAAUUGAAUUGAUUGGUACUUUUGAACAGUGCUACAUGGAUAUUGCUAUAACGGAUAGUGAAAUUCAUGAGAAAACCACUCAUAAAGAAGUGAAGCAGACAUCAUUCAUGAGCAUCUUAGCUUCAUUCAUACCUUAUCCAGAUUUUAACCAAAGUCCUCGUAACAUGUAUGCCUGUCAAAUGGGUAAACAAACGAUGGGAACAGCAACUCAUACCCUCAAAUAUCGAAGUGAUAAUAAAAUGUACUCCAUCUUGUACCCACAAUCACCUCUAGUCCGCCCCAAGUCUCAUGAUAUUUAUCACAUGGAUGACUAUCCAAUUGGGACAAAUGCAGUUGUAGCUGUCAUUUCGUACACCGGUUAUGAUAUGGAAGAUGCAUUGAUAUUAAAUAAACAUGCCGUUGAGAGAGGAUUCAAAUUCGGUGCUAUUCACAAAACUCAUAAAGUUGAUUUAAAAGCAAUGGAUAAAAGCAAUUCAUCUGAAACUCUUUUCAUGUUUGGCCGUAAUCCAGCUGAUGAACGAUUCCGAGACAAAAUUGACGACGAUGGACUACCAAUUAUUGGUAGCAAAGUCGAGUAUGACGAUCCUAUUUGUAGUUAUAUUGACCUGUCUACCGGUGAAGUGAAAAUGGAAAAAUACAAAUCAAUGGAAACAGCAUAUAUUGCUGAUGUUAAAAUUUUAGGAAGCAAUUCAGGGAAAGACAUUCUUCAAGCUAUUCAAGUGACCUUUUAUAUUCCUCGACGACCAGCGGUUGGUGACAAAUUUGCAAACAGACACGGACAAAAAGGAGUUUGUAGUUUCCUUUGGUCUUGUGAAAACAUGCCAUUCACCGGGACAGGACUAACACCUGACGUCAUUUUUAACCCUCACGGUUAUCCAUCUCGUAUGACUAUCGGUAUGAUGUUGGAAAGUAUGGCCGGUAAAUCUGCCUCUUGCCAUGGUCUAGUUCAUGAGGCAACUCCGUUCAUAUUUUCAGAGAAUGAUCGAGCCAGUGAAUAUUACGGAAAUAUGUUAAACAAAGCAGGUUACAAUUAUUUUGGAACUGAAAUGAUGUACAGCGGUGUUGAUGGAAGGCCUUUGAAAGCCGAUAUAUUCAUCGGUGUAAUUUAUUACAUUCGACUUCGACACAUGGUUGGUGACAAGUAUCAGGUUCGGUCAACUGGUCCAAUAGAUUCUCUAACUCAUCAACCUGUUAAAGGUCGUAAAAGAUGUGGUGGUAUCAGAUUUGGUGAAAUGGAAAGAGAUUCAUUACUAGCACAUGGAGCCUCUUUCUUAAUUCAUGAUCGUCUCUUUACCCAGUCUGAUAAAACAAAGUGUUUCGGUUGCUCUAAAUGUGGUUCAAUAAUUUCAACAUCUCCUCUCAAUAAGGAUCCAUUUGAUUUGGGAUAUAAUAAUCAUCGUAAUCAAAUCUGGUUUUGUUCAACUUGCAAUUCAAGUACUAAUGUUAAAGCGUUAAGUCUUCCAUAUGCUCUUCGAUAUCUGGUUGCUGAAUUGGCUUCUGUUGGUAUCAAGUUACAGUUUACUUUUGAAUAACAAUUUAUAUGAAAAGAUAUUUUUUUGCUAAAAAAGGAUUAUAAAGUAAAUAUCAAGACUUGUUUAUUCAAGUUUUUGUUUGUGUCAAUAAUGUUCAUAAUUUUUCAAAUUAAAUGCAUCUCAUGAUGUGGUGGUUUAAGCAUGGUCCAUUUAAAUUAAAACGUAAUGGUCUUGAAUUCACUUGGAUGUCAUUUGUAAAGCAUCAACCAACAUGCUGGUUAAACAAUUAAUUAACCAGUCUAAUCAUCAUUACCAAAAUUCUGAUGAGUUGAAAGUUACAGAAAAAAACGUUUCAACUCUUGAACAUCUGAAACACUUAAUUCAGUCUCUUGAAUUAACAAGAGUAAACUUGAUAGAGCAGAUACAAAAAUUAACACCAAUUGUUGGUAUCUGUUGAUUAACUGUUCUCUUAAUGGUUUCUGGCUAACCCAUUAAAUUAAUCAAUCAAUUCUACAAUAAAAUUAAUGAUACCACCAAAAA